AUGCCACCGCGUAGACUUGUGGCGCCAGAGAUGCACUAUUUUGACAAUACACCAAUAUCAACGCAACCAGACGUAUCUUCAUCACCACCUUCACACUCCAGUGGCGGCGAUAGAUCACGCGUGCACCUAUCGAAACCAAAUGAGUUGUACAGAACUUGCGAUGAAUGUGCCAAUGAAAUUAUCAUGAUUCGACGAGCUUUAUUUGAAGAACCCAACUCGGUGGUGAAUCAAAGUGAUGAAGAUAACACGAAUGGGAUCAAGUACACGUCGCGAGAACGUACACAUCAACUACCGUGUUCUUCAUCGACCACGUCCUUGAUUAGGCGUAAUCAAGACGGUAAUAGCGAUAGUAACUUGUGUCCUGUUUGUGCAACUGAUCUUUUGAAGGAGUAUAUUUCCGAUAGAAAGAAUGUGGAGCUCAUAUCGAAUGAUGACUUUGAAAAAUUCAAGGAGCAGCAUAUUAACGAGUGUCUCGUGGCAUUUGAUUUCAACACUGAUCACUCGACUAGAUUUUCCCCAGAACUGAAUCCGAGGAACAAGAUGUUGGUGUACAAUAUACCGCCAAUCCCAAAACCACAAUAUGAAAAUAUAGGCGUUGCUGAAUCAGCAAGCGCAAGUUUGGACACAUCGCUUCUUUUACCUCAGGAGAAAGUUGAGGAAGAAGAAUGUGUUAUAUGCCUUGAGGAUCUCAAACCAGGAGAUAAGGUUGGCAGAUUGGAGUGCUUAUGUGUUUUCCAUUACAAAUGCAUCAAGGAUUGGUUUAAUAAAAAGGGUUAUGGCGAAUGUCCGGUUCAUUUCUUACAUAAAUAA